AUGGAUAGAUUCUUGGUUAAGAAAUCAAUCAAUCCAGGUACAGAGCAACAAGCUCCCCAGCCAAAGCUCACCGACAACAAUAAUAACAGUGGUGUUAACAACAGUGGAGUUAAACCAAUAACAACUAUAUCAACUAGUACUACCAAUAAGGUUGAGAAUGGAAAGGAAAAUAAACCAACAACUUCAACAGAUUUGAAAAAACCAAUAAAUGAAGAAAAAGAAAAAGAAAAAGAGAUAGUUAAAGAAAAGUCUACUAGUAAACAAUCAACUUCAGUAAAAUCAGAUAAUGGUAGUAAGAAGAAUAAAUCAAAGAAGGAAGAUAGUAGCAAGACAACAGACAAGAAUGUCAAAUCAUCAACCACAGCCACUCCAUCGAAACUAUCCUCGAAAAAGGAUGAAAAAUCAGACGAAAAAAAACAAACGAAAAACUCAACAACAGUCGCGACCACAGCCACUUCAAAGAAGAGCGUCGAUGAAGCUGAAAAACCAGAGGGUUUAAAACAAACGUGUGUUUCCAAUUUCUUUAGACCGGUCGCAGCUGGCGAUGCACCGGCUUGGAAAUAUCUCUUUGAGAAAGAGGCGGCGGAGCGUGCCGAACGCGAGAGACUCGAGAGAGAACAACGCGAGAAGGAAGAGGAGGAGGAAAGAAUAAAGAAGGCCGAAGAGAAGAAAAAGAGAGCCGAACAGAAGAAACAGCGAGACAAAGAGAGACGCCAGAGAGAGGAGGAGGAAUGGCAAGAAUACAAAAUGGCAAUGGAGUCGAGAAACAAGGGUUUCGAAAUCGUUCCACAACUCUACCUAGGAUCGUUUGCCGCCGCCAAAAAUCAAGAAUGGCUCUCUGAGAACAAUAUCACUAGGAUUGUAAAUGUUACCACCGAGGUGAAGUGCUAUUUCGCAUCGAAAACCAGCACUGUAAACGAUGGAAGUGAUUUAGAUAGUAAUGGAGAGGAGGAUGAAGAAGAAGAAAAAGAGGAAAAGGAAGCAGAAAAGGAAUCAAAGGAAAAAGAAGAACCAGCUUUGAAAAUAGAAUAUCUAAGAGUACCGAUUGGCGAUAGUUCGAAAGCACCGAUCGAAGAUUACUUUGACCGAUCCAUUCAGUUUAUCGACGAUGCAAUCAAGUCUGGUGCCAGCGUGUUUGUUCAUUGCCAACAGGGAAGAAGUAGAUCGCCUUCGAUUAUCAUGGUCUACCUGAUGAAGAUACUCGGUUGGACUCUCGAGAAAUCUUGGAUACACGUCUCCAAGUUGAAUCCGAGAACGCUGACAGUCAACGAUGGAUUCCGAAAAAAGUUGAUUCACUUUGAAUUCUCAUUGUUCAAAGUCAACUCUAACCUUGACUUUUUCCUCGACGACCACAAAGACGAGCCGGUGGCAAACGAACGUGCCUCUCGCUCAAAGAACAGAAACAACAACAAUAGCAGUCUCAGAAGAUUAAACAAACCAGUUGAGAAUGACGAUGAUUGUGUUGCGGAUGGCGACGAUGACAUUGAAGAUGAUGAAGACAAUGGUGACCAAGACGAUGAUGACAUUGACAUUGAAAUGGAUGAUGUUAAAACAACAACCAAAGAUACAAAUUCGUCAACAACAUCAUCAACAUCAACAAAUGUUAAUAAUAAUACUGCUAAAGAUGAAGAAGAUGAAGAAAAUGAAUUAAUUGGAAAUCUCAAUUUGGAAGAACUCAAAGUAGUGAAACGAAGAAGAGGAAAUAGAGUAAUCGAAGAUUAG